AUGUUGACCACCCGAAGCCUCGCACGACUCUCUGAGAACACAAGGCGGCCUCUGACAAAUGUAUCGAGAUCACGCUUCCCCCAAUGCCAGCUACGUACAAAGGCCACAGUACCAUUCCGACUACCUGAUGCACGCAACGAGCCAAAUCCGACUUACGAGAGAGGCUCUCCGGAGCGCACCCAGCUGGAGGUGACCUUAAAGCGCAUGAAGUCGCAGAUUCCCCUUCAAAGCGAGAUUUACUUCAAUGGCAAAUCGCAACAAGUUUCUAGAUCUUGGGAUCAGCCAUUACCGGCUGAGCACCAGACUUCCUUCACCAAUUACCCACUCGCAACCAAAGAGCAGGUCUCAAUAGCCAUCGAGUCGGCCCUCAAAGCCAAGAAGUCAUGGGAGAAUACGGCUUUUGUUGAUCGAGCGGCAAUCUUUCUCAAAGCCGCGGAGCUAGUAGCGACCAAGUACCGGUAUGAGCUCAUUGCGGCAACCAUGCUUGGCCAAGGGAAGAACAUUUGGCAAGGCGAAGUAGAUGCCGCUGCUGAGCUGGCGGACUUCUUCCGGCUGAACUGUAACUACGCGGCGGAAAUCCUAGGAAAGCAACCCGAGCGAGGUACAGACGGGAUGUGGUCCCGCAUGGACUACCGCCCAGUGGAAGGGUUCGUCUACGCUGUCUCGCCGUUCAACUUUACAGCUAUCGGCGGUAACCUGAUCUCGGGCCCUGCCAUCAUGGGAAAUGUGGUACUCUGGAAGCCGCCGCCUUCAAAUAUCUAUGCGAGCACCCUCGUGUACAAAAUUUUGCUCGAAGCUGGUCUGCCACCUGAUGUCAUUCAAUUCGUGCCCGGAGAGCCCGAAGAGAUCAACGAUGUCGUGCUUAACCACCGAGACUUCGCAGGGCUUAACUUCGUAGACACGUAA